UUAAUUUUUACUUUGUUAAUUUUACUCCCCACGGCGGCUAAGUCCGUCGGCUUCCCACUAGCCUUUACCAUCACAUCACAAUUCGAGUUUGAAUUCAACCACCGCCAUGGAAUAUCUCUUGUGAGAAACAGAAAUAGCUCAAUCUUUUCUCCAUUUCUGCAAUACCAUCUCAAACCCAGAUCCCCAAAUCUCAGAAUAACUUAGGUUUCACACUGAGGACGAGCCCGAUAAGAAGAAGAAGAUGGGAAAGAAAGAGAAGACCUCUCUAGGUCGAGCCCUUGUGAAGCACCACAACCAUGUUAUCCAAGAAACAAAGGAGAAAGGGAAAUACUACAUGACCCAGAACAAGAAGGUUCUGGAAUCCGUGACGGAGUUUAGCGACAUCGACGCCAUCAUCGAGCAAGCCGAGGAAGCUGAGCGGCUUUUCGCGAUUCAUCACGAUUCCGCAACGCCUGUUCCCAUCAAUCUGGACACGGCUUCGAGCUCAAGUGGUGUUACCGCUAAAGAAUGGAAAGAGCAACGGAUGAGAGAAGAAGCUUUACAUGCUAGUAGCCUUCAAGUGCCUCGAAGACCUCCUUGGACACCUAAAAUGAAUGUGGAGCAGCUUGAUGUUAAUGAAAAACAGGCUUUUCUCACUUGGCGCCGGAAGCUAGCGAGCCUCGAGGAAAAUGAAAAGCUUGUUUUGACUCCAUUCGAGAAGAACCUUGACAUCUGGAGACAACUUUGGCGAGUGCUUGAACGAAGUGAUUUGAUUGUUAUGGUAGUUGAUGCUAGAGAUCCUCUGUUUUACCGUUGCCCUGAUCUUGAGGCAUAUGCACAAGAAAUCGAUGAGCAUAAAAAAACAAUGCUUCUGGUAAACAAGGCGGAUCUUUUACCUUCUCAUGUCAGGGAGAAAUGGGCGGAAUACUUCUCGCGCAACGAUAUUUUGUUUCUCUUCUGGUCAGCCAAAGCUGCUACGGCUACAUUAGAAGGUAAACCCUUGCAAGAACAGUGGAGAUCAGCACCUGAUACCUCUCAGAAGACAGAUAAUUCCGCUGUUAAAGUAUAUGGUAGGGACGAACUUUUGGAUCGGUUAAAAUUUGAGGCUCAAGAGAUAGUAAGAAUGAGGAAAUCUAGAGGAGUUUCCACUGAAACUUCUGCUGAAUCACACAGAGAACGUGUUGUGGUUGGCUUUGUUGGGUACCCUAAUGUUGGAAAGAGUUCGACGAUCAACGCACUGGUAGGUCAGAAGCGAACAGGUGUUACAUCUACUCCAGGGAAAACGAAGCAUUUCCAGACAUUAAUAAUCUCUGAGGAGCUAAUGCUCUGUGAUUGCCCCGGUUUAGUCUUCCCUUCGUUCUCGAGCUCAAGAUAUGAGAUGAUUGCUUGUGGAGUGCUUCCGAUAGACCGGAUGACCGAGCACCGUGAAGCUGUUAACGUUGUGGCCGAGCGUGUUCCUCGGGAUGUCAUUGAGGAAGUUUACAACAUCUCUCUACCUAAACCCAAAACCUAUGAGCCUCAGUCUCGUCCACCUCUUGCCUCCGAGCUUCUAAGAACUUACUGCUUAUCUCGUGGGUAUGUUGCCUCUAGUGGUCUACCAGAUGAGACUAGAGCAGCUAGGCAGAUUCUGAAAGAUUACAUUGAAGGUAAGCUUCCUCAUUUUGCAAUGCCUCCUCAAGAUGGUGAGAACAAGACAGUGAAUGAUACUUUGAGAGCAGAAACAGUAGAAGGUUCAGAGUCUGAGGAGUAAGGUGAAGAUGGUCGUGGUCUUGGUCUCGAUCGAGUUCUUGAUGAUCUAAGCUCGUUUGAUCUUGCAAAUGGGCUUGGCUCUUCCAAGAAGAAACUUCACAAGAAGCCACAGAGGAAAGUUUGAUGGGUUUUGAUGUAUCGAUCAAGAAAUGCUGGAAAAUAUGAAACAGUGGUGGACUUUUUUUCUUAUGUAAGAUUGUUAAAAGUUCUAACAUCUGUUUUGUUAGAUGUUGUGUGUUUUUUGCAAAUAUGAAAUAUAUGGAGAAAAGUCCUUGUGCCAUUGUUUUAAUUAUUAUAGAUCACUUUACUCAUAUGCGAAGCAGCUUUAAGUAAUUCGUUGUGUACUAUGUUGAGAGAACUAGACUCUAAGUUUCUUUCGAAUGUGUAUUUCUUAGG